UUAGGUUUCCGGAUUCAUAUUUGCACGAAGAACAUUAUGCAUAAUGUUGGUAUCCCGCUCCAGUGGCUUGCGGCCGUGGCAUUAGCUUGUUUUGGGCUACUGGUAUCGAAUGCGCCGACCCCGCAACAAGUCCUGCCCACCCAUGUUUCCAUGCCAUGGUGGCAAGAUAUAGUCGGCCGAUAUCGUCUCGUAGAAGGAUUGCAAGUUCCGCCCCCUUCUUCUGGUGUUGACUGCAUUGAAACUCUUGUGACUGGGGAGGGAUUUCACCGGCGAAUUUUUUUCGAGCUUAUAUGUUUACCAGCCGUCCUGUUUGGUUUCUCAAACCUACCUCAGCAAGGUGGAGAGAUUACAAUUCUGCAGACAAUUCCGCCGGAGUUUUUCGUGGAUCCGUAUGAACUUGAACACUUAAACGCUGUUCGCAAAGAAGCGCUGGAUUGGGAAAUCUUUGGUCACGCCGAUCUGGAACAGCCAGCACCAGUGUGCCAACCCACCGUGCUUGCGCUCACGCUAAGGAAUCUGGGUGACCGUCCGCAAAGGCAAAGUUCUCGGCCCUCAUAUUUAUCUGUGGAUGUGCCUUUCCAUGUGAAAUAUUCCACGCCGGUCAGCGUCAGCCCGGAGUGCACCAGCGGUCCGGGCUUCCUCAGGCAGUUCCGUGUAGGGCCUUCUACCACGGUAACAUGGCCAGCUCCGACGCUGCUACUGCGUACGGAGUCGCAUCGUGUGACCCCUGAUCAUGAGAUGGUGGAGCAGGAGGUGAAAGGCGGUGAUAGGGGCAGCGCUACGUCGCCAGGGCGCGAAACAACACCAGGAUCAUUGGGCUUCGUCGCGAUGGCCAACCCUCCCGAUGCACAGUUUGCACAAGUGGGGAUACAGCGUAAUCUUCCAUUGGGCCCGCAGGAGCCGGCACACCGUAGCCCUGAUGCGCCGCCGCAGUGGGCACUUGUGGGUCUGCGGGUGCAGAUGCCGGAUAUGAUUACGGUGCCGACCGGCUGCAUGUUGCAUGCGGGCUGGGUCUCGUUCAUCACUCUGAUCUCGGUGCUGCUGUGCAGCGGGGCAGUCAUCGCAGCUGCGCUUUAAUAAGUCACUGGCUAGUGAUGCAGCUUUAACGAAUUCGUGGGAAACACGAAGGGGAUCUGUCGUUUCUUGUUGGACUGCGCAUAAUCCUUCUUGAGAUAUAAAGUUAUGAGGAUAAUAACGGUCAUGCGUUCUUGGUUCCAUGCAAACACGGUGCGUCCUCACACCCGGCCUCUCUGGCCCUAUCCGGGCUGCGUUGCCUACAUUCAUCAUAGUAAACGCAUUCCGUUCGCGGUCCCUUUGUAUUCAAGGGAUAGUGCGUGCAUGCACGUGCAAAGUAUGAUGUGAGGACCCGGCUGCAGCUGGAAGUGCGCCUCCGUGUUCUCCACCCUCCUGCAUUUCAGAGAAGGGGCACUUAGGUGCACCUGUACGGCCAAGCAUUAAAAGCGGCAUCCCUGUUGCUGACGUAAUGGCUCGUUUGUAAACUGUUUUG